AUGAGUGAAAGUGCACCAUGCUGUCUUUGGGACAUCUCAGUCUUUGCUGUAAAUGAAAUCAAUGAGAACCCAGAACUUUUACCAAACAUCACACUGGGUUUCCGUAUAUACGACUCCUGCUUUAAUGAAAUGCAGGCUGUGGAAGGAGCAAUGAGCAUGCUUUCAGGGACGGAGAAUGCAAUUCCUAAUUAUGUUUGUAAUAAACAAUCAAAGAUGGUGGGAUUAAUAGGAGAUCUUCAGUCCUCCUGCUCCCUUGCAGUAGCAAGUAUUGUGGGCCUAUACAGAUUUCCUCAGAUCAGUUAUGGCUCAGCUUUCUAUGAGCUAAGUGACAAAAUCCGUUACCCUUCAUUUCUGCGAACUAUUAUGAGUGACAAGGUGCAGCCAUAUUAUUUCAUUAGGUUGAUGAUCCAUUUUAACUGGACCUGGAUAGGAAUUCUGGCUGCUGAUAAUGAUUUUGGCCUCUAUGACAGUGAGCUUAUGAGAAAAGACAUUGAGGCAGCUGGGAUUUGUGUGGCCUUUUUCAUGCGGAUUUCUGCCCAACACACCAGAGAUCAGUCACUCUCCAUUCUCCAAGUCAUCAAAAGAUCAGCAGCCACAGUUGUGGUACUAUAUUGCUCAAUGCCAGAACUGAUCCCUUUUAUGAAAGUAGCAAAUGAAGAAAAUAUAACAGGAAAAGUCUGGUUUGCCAGUGGAAGUGCCAUGUCGUCUCCCAUAUUUUCAUAUAAAGAAUUUUGGAGAAUAUUAAAUGGAACAAUUGGGUUAGCACUCCCUGUAGCAACAAUCCCAGGAUUUAAAAAUUUCCUUUAUAGCAUUCACCCAUCAUUGUACCCAAAUGAUAUGUUCAUGAAACCAUUUUGGGAAAGUAAUUUUCAUUGCUUGUGGUAUAGCUGGAAUGAGACGGAAACAACCAGUAAUGUAACAACUCCCUACUGCACGGGGCUUGAAAACCUCAAAGCUUUAGAUGACUACCAUGAAAAAACCUCAGCAUAUGCCAUUCUUGUUUACAAUGCGGUGUAUUCAUUGGCCUAUGGUAUCAACAACAUGACUUCCUGCAGAUCAAAUUUUCCGUGUUUUAACAUAAGUAAAUUGGACCCAUGGAAGGUUUUACAUUAUGUAAAGAACGUGAAAGUGGAAAUGAAUGAUGAGCAGGAGUUGGCCUUUGAUGAUUAUGGAGACCACCCAAUUAGACAAGUGUAUGUGAACUGGCAAGCUCUCCCCAAUGGUGUAACACGAUAUGUCAAUUUUGCAAAUUUAAUAGAAGAUCCUGAACCUCAUCUUGUUAUUAGUAACAAUACAAUCUGGAGUGGAAAUUAUAGGGAAGCACCAAAAUCCAUAUGCAGUGAGAGCUGCCCCCCAGGAUACAGAAAGGCCCCACAGAAGGGACAGCCUGCCUGCUGCUUUGACUGUAUCUUAUGCUCGGAAGAUGAGUUGAGCAAUAAAACAGAUUCCACAAGUUGUAUGAAAUGCCCUGAAGAUAUGUGGGCAAAUGAAAGGCAUGAUGGCUGCAGGGAUAAAACACUGGAGUUUCUCUCAUUUGAAGAGAUCUUAGGUGGCACUUUGGCUGCUCUUUCGAUAACGGGAUCUCUCCUUCCCCUGAGCAUCCUGUUUAUCUUCUUAAGGAAUGCUGAUACUCCAGUUGUGAAAGCAAAUAACCGGAAUCUCAGUUACACCCUUUUGGUUUCCCUGUUUUUCUGCUAUCUCUGUGCUUUAAUGUUCAUUGGCCGUCCCAUUACUAUAACCUGUAUCCUCAGGCAAUUUAUAUUUGGGAUCAGUUUUGUGAUGUGCAUUUCAUGUGUGUUGGGAAAGACAAUGAUGGUGGUGAUCGCCUUCAACCUCACCCAGCCAAGGAGCAGCAGGAGAAUGUGGUUGAAUUCUCGAGUAACGAACACCCUGGUGCUUGUGUGCACAGCUAUACAAGUGAUUAUAUGUGCUGGGUGGCUUGCACACUCUCCCCCUUUUCAAUACACUGACAAUAAAUCUAAGGCAGGCACCAUUAUUGUGGAAUGUAACAAGGGAUCGCCAACAGGUUAUUCAUGCACAAUGGGAUAUAUGGGGUUUUUAGCUACUUUGUGCUUUGUAGUUGCUUAUUUGUCAAGAAAGUUGCCGGGCAGUUUCAAUGAGGCCAAACUGAUCACCUUUAGUAUGCUGAUAUUUGGAGCUGUUUGGAUCUCGUUCAUCCCAGCCUACCUCAGCACCACAGGGAAGUACAUGGUGGCAGUGGAAGUAUUCGCCAUUUUAUCUUCAAGCAUUGGAUUAGUGACAUGUAUAUUUUUGCCGAAAGUCUACAUCAUUAUUCUGAGACCUGAGAUGAAUAAGAUUGGAAGAAAAAUAAUAAAAGAAUAA